GGAUAGCAGCAGCUACCAGCCAGAUAAACACUCAGCAUUGGUUUGCACAGCAGGAGUAACAUGGCGGCACAGUUAGCCAGCAGAAAUGUUGUUUCACUACCGCGAAGGUCAGAGCCGCGUCUGAUAAACGGGAUUUAAGAGUGAGGACACAGAAGAAAGUCUUAAAUCGGAGACGUGGACGAUGCUCAAAGGUUUCCUGGCGUUACUGUGUUGCAGCGAUGGCCUGAGGGACUCUCUGGACUGAAAGCGAGACGCUGAUAUGCAUUGAGGAUGAGUGGAGUCGGUGAAAACCCAUCUGACCCUGCCAGGGCAGAGUCACGAAAACGCAAAGAAUGUUCUGCCGGUCCCAGUCCAAAGCGGAGCAACGAGAAGCGCAACCGCGAGCACGAGAACAAAUACAUCGAGGAGCUCGCUGAGCUGAUCUUCGCCAAUUUCAACGACAUCGACAACUUCAACGUCAAGCCUGACAAAUGUGCAAUCCUGAAGGAAACUGUGAAACAGAUCAGACAAAUAAAGGAGCAAGAAAAAGCUGCAGCAGCAAACGAGGAGGAGGUGCAGAAGGCCGAUGUCUCAUCCACAGGCCAAAGUGUGAUUGACAAAGAUGCCUUGGGACCAAUGAUGCUGGAGGCCCUGGACGGCUUCUUCUUUGUGGUGAACAUGGAGGGGAACAUCGUGUUCGUGUCUGAAAACGUGACCCAGUACCUGCGCUACAACCAGGAGGAGCUGAUGAACACCAGCGUCUACAGCGUGCUGCACGUCGGGGAUCACGCCGAGUUCAUCAAGAACCUGCUUCCUAAAUCCCUCGUGAACGGCGUCCCGUGGUCCAGCGACGGUCCAAGGAGGAACAGUCACACAUUCAACUGCCGGAUGCUUGUCAAUCCCCACAGCGACAACCAGGACGAAGCGCACGAGCCCCAGCAGCAGAAAUACGAGACCAUGCAGUGUUUCGCCGUCUCGGAGCCCAAGUCCAUCAAGGAGGAAGGAGACGACUUUCAGUCGUGUCUGAUCUGCGUGGCUCGCCGGGUGCCCAUGAAGGAGAGACCCAUGCUCCCCACGCACGAGAGCUUCACCACGCGCCAGGACCUGCAAGGUAAGAUAACGUCCCUGGAUACCAGUCUGCUGCGGGCGUCCAUGAAGCCGGGCUGGGAGGAUCUGGUGAGGCGCUGCAUCCAGAGGUUCCACCUGCAGAAUGACGGAGAGAUGUCUUUCGCUAAGAGACACCAGCAGGAAGUGCUCCGCCAUGGCCAGGCCUUCAGCCCCAUCUACCGCUUCUCCCUCUCUGAUGGAACCAUCGUGUCGGCUCACACGAAGAGCAAACUGGUGCGCUCGCCCGCCACCAACGAACCCCAGCUCUACAUGUCCCUGCACAUUCUUCAGAGGGAGCAGACAGUCUGUGGAAUGGGUCAGGACAUGGGUCCUGGCAGUCAGGCCCCCGGGAUGGCACCCAAACCCAUGAACUCCUCCACUCCCUCCAUGACGCCUCCCACCCCGGGCAGUUUGCCAGGUUCGGGGCCUCAGGGCCAAGACACCACCAUCAGCAGCAACAGCACGCCUUUCUCCUCUCCCGGACCUGCUGGCCCCAGAGAACCAGCAGCCAUGGGGGGCCACAUGCAGGGCUACCGCUUUGGCUGCCCCCCACCACACAACCACACCGGGGGCAUGCAGCCGCCACAGCAGGGCCCCAACUGGAGGAUGAACAGCCCUUCUCGCGCCAGCCCCAGCCCGGCCGGUGGGCCGCAUCCACCUCAACAGAACUCCAUGCUGUCGCCGCGGCACCGAGGGAGUCCUGGGGGCGCGGGCAGUCCCCGUGUAGCGGGAGGCCUGCACUCGCCCUCUCCGGUGGGGAUGUGUGGUGCAGGGCCUGGAGGCGCAGGUAGUAGUAGCACGGCUAGCACCCAUGCUAACAGCUACACUAGCAGUUCUCUGUCCGCUCUGCAGGCCCUGAGUGAGUGCCACGGCGUAGGACACGGGCACGGGGCCCCUCAUGCACACACACUGGGCUCUCCUGACCGUAAGAUCGGCUCCCCAGCUGGGGGCACGCCAGGGUCAGGGGGGAACACUCAUCUGAUGUCAAAACUGGGAGGAGGCAGUGCUGGUGGUGCAGGAGACUCAUUUGGACCUCACAUGGAUCAGGGGCACUCCCAGGGCCAGACAGAGAGCCUAGCUGAGCCCAAGGAGGAGAGGGAAGGGCCCCCCGAGUGCCUCGACGCUCUCAAUCGUCUUCAUGACAACAAGGGCCACACCAAGCUGCUGCAGCUGCUCACCACCAAGCCCGAGCCUCUGGAGACGCCCCUGUCCCCUGGAGGGGAGGGUAAGGACUCUGCGGGCGGCCGGGGGGGCCACGCUGGAGGGAACACUCACGCCACGUCACUCAAGGAAAAACACAAGAUCCUCCACCAACUGCUACAGAACAGUACGUCUCCAGUAGACCUGGCCAAACUCACUGCAGAGGCCACAGGCAAAGAGCUGGGCCAAGACCCGACCCAGGGCGCCGGGAGUACAGCUUCUGGGGCAGACAUUGCUCUCAAGCAGGAGCCUUUGAGCCCCAAGAAGAAGGACAAUGCCCUGCUUCGCUACCUACUGGAUAAGGAUGACACUGGAAUGAAGGACAAGGUCCCUAAGCUGGAGCCUGGGGAGGUGAAGGUCGAAGGAGGCAAACACCCUCUUGUCAAGACGGAGAAACAAGACGCGGGAUACGACCGGGCUGAGCAGUCCUCAGAGCUGGACGACAUCCUGAACGACCUGCAGAACGCCCAGCCGCAGCUCUUCUGUGAGCCGCGGCCCGUGUCCUUGCCCAGUCCCAUGGACAAACAGAACAUCAUCAAUGACAUCCUGCAGAUGUCUGAGAACAAUCCGGCCAUGGCAGCGCAGCAGCAACAACAACACAGGGUCAUCGGGACUGGCAUGAGCCCAACCGCCUUUGCAGGUGUGCGGCCAGGCCAGCCAGGCCGGGGUUUGCCUGUGAGGAGCGUGUCUCUGGACAUGAACGCGGCCCCCCAGCAGCCCUCAUUGCAGUACCCCAUAAGGGCCACAAGCCCAUACACUCUAAUGCAGCAGCAGCAGCAAGGCAUUGUGGGAAGUCACAGCAUGAUGGCCAACCAGGCCGGUAUGGUCAGCACAGGACUGAUGGCUCCAGGUGGUCCACGGCCAGGCAUGCAGCAGCAGGAGGGUUGGAUGGGUUCAGCCUCCGCGCCUCCUCUGGGGGCGCCCGGGCCGCAGGGUCCCAUGCCGGGCAGGAUGGGGCCGAACGGGCCUCCUAUGAGGCCCAGCAGCCAGCCAGGACCCCGACAGAUGCUCCAAUCCCCAAUGAUGGCCAGUGCUCAACCUGACUUGGACAUUACGAUGGUCAGCCACCAUUUCUCCCAACAGGCUCCGCCCAACCAGACGGCCCCCUGGCCAGACAGCAUGAUGCCCAUCGACCAGACGGCUUUUGUAAACCAGGCCAGGCCGGUGCACUCUGCGGCCCAGGAUGAGUUGCUGUGUGGCGCGGGACACAGCUCUGGGGAAGGCAGCGCGGUGGACGAGGGCGUGCUGAUGUCCCAGCUGUACACCGCACUCAAAGACUUUGACGGUCUGGAGGAGAUCGAUCGCGCUCUGGGGAUCCCUGCUCUGGUAGAACAAAACCAAUCACUGGAGCCAGACCAGUUCCCCCAGGACCCCUCCAUGAUGAUAGACCAAAAGCCCCCCAUGUACACUCAGCAGUUUGGUCCCCCUCCCUCCCACAUGGCCCAGAGAGGGGGGUACCCCGGUGCCCCCUUGCAGGAGCCAGGCUUCCACCCCAUGUCCAGCCAGAUGGGUCCACGCCCGGGUUACCCGAUGAUGAGGAUGCAGACCCGGCCCGGUCUCAGGCCCGUGGGGGUCGUCCCCAACCAGCCCAACGCACUCCGGCUGCAGCUGCAGCACCGGCUGCAGUCGCAGCAGAACCGUCAGCCGAUGAUGUCUCAGAUGAGUGGAGUGUCAAAUGUGAACCUUCCUCUCAGAGCGAGUGCUCCAAACCAGGGGACCAUCAAUGCUCAGAUGUUGGCCCAGCGUCAGCGGGAGCUGCUGAGUAACCACCUGCGACAGAGGCAGCAGCAGCAGCAGCAGCAGCAGCAGCAGCAGCAGCAGCAGCAGGUGGUCCAGCAGCAGCAGCAGGUCCAGCAGCAGGUCCAGCAACGGAGCAUGGCCAUGAGAGCCCAGGGACUCAACCUGCCGCCCAACAUGAGUAGCCCCCGGAUCCCCCAGGCCAACCCUCAGCAGUUCCCCUACCCGCCCAGCUACGGUACCAGUACAGGCCUGGCCUCGCCACCUCCCCCCACCAGCCCCUUCUCCUCCCCUCUCUCCCCCAGCCUGCCCUCUCUUCCCCCCAACCCUCAGCUCCACAUGCAUGGCACCUCCUCCUCUUCCUCUUCCUCCUCCUCCUCCCAGAUGAUGAUGGGAAACACAAACAUGAUGGGCGGACAGUAUGGGGCCGUACUCAGCCCCCAAAUGCAGCACAGUGCCUUUCAGUUUCCCAACUCAGGUAUGAGCCAGCAGGUAGAAGGAGGCUUCGGGGGUCCCGGCACGCCGCAGAGCCCGCUGCUCUCUCCCCGCAUGGCCCACACACAGCCCCCGAUGAUGCAGCAGGGCCAAGGAAGCGCCGCCUUCCAGGGCUCCCCUGACAUGAACGGCUGGCCGCAGGGCAACAUGGGAGGCAACAGUAUGUUCUCACAGCAGCAGGCGUCACCGCAGUUCACCCAGCAGAGCAACAGCAACAUGUACAACGGCAGCGGCAUGAACAUCAACAACGUGUCCAACAUGGCCACCAGCAGCAUGAGCAGCAUGGGCCAGAUGGCCGGACAGAUGAGCGCCACGUCCAUGGCCUCGGGGCCCUCACCCAGCUUGCCCUCCUUGGGGCAAGAACAGAAAUACUGUUGACCCUCAUGGAGGUGUUGACCUGAACCUCAGUGAUCAGCUGGAGCAAGGAGCGCGUCGGGCCCUUUAAAAAUGUACAAACGUGUAACCAACCGACUGCCCCUUGAACCAGCCGGGCCGAGCCCUGCCCCCCUCCCCCCCCCCCGCCCCCGUCUCCCCAGCCCGGAGGAGCAGACCCAGGAGAGCGAGGAGGGCUGGGGGGACGGGCGGAGUAUCAACAUGCCUCACCCUGGUGGAGGAGCGCCUUGUGUCUGCCUGUCCAGCUGCAUUCACCGUCGUGUGACUUACUGUGGGCUUCCUGGGGGGGGGGGGGACACUGACCUGGGGGGGCAGCAGUGUUUGGGAUCCCUUGUUCUGAUGAAUGUAUUCCUCUCAGUGGACAGCGGCCAUUUACAAUCUCAUCUCAAAAAUGACGUACACUGAUUUUUCUUUUUCCUUUCUCACACAUUUGUGACAUUUCCACAUAGUUCCAAAAUGUCAGCAAAGACUCUUUUGGACGGAGCUCCAACACUUAGCCGGUUUUGCCUUUUUUUUUUUGCUGUUCUUUUAUUUUAUUAUUAUUUUAGUUGUCGUUGUUUUUUCUUGUCGUGAGAAUUAAGAUGUAGAAUGAAGAUGGUUGACGAAACUGAUCUUGAAAACACUGCAGAAUGGUUUGAGUGGUGAUUUGUAUGAUUAGACUAAUUUAGUCAAGAGGUUUAUAUAGUGUAUUAAAUUAAGUUUUAUUUUUCUGUAUAGAUUCAUUUUAAUUAUUGUAGAUGAUUCUUUAUCCUAGUAGCAACGAGAGAAAAAAGAUUUCUAAAAGUGUGAAAGAUGCACUUUUUUUUUAUAAUUUUAACAGUAAUGGUUGUUUUCUUCUAUUAACCUGAAUAAUGGAUUAUACUUUGGUCCUGUAGUUUCAGAAGAAGAUGUCAGAAUCAUAUAUGGUUUCAAAAUGAAUUACAGAGAUUGUACAUACCAAUAAGUAAAACGUUUUCUUUCCUAUUUAUUUUAUUCCGUAGGGUUUGGUUUCCCCGUCUGGUCUCAACUGCCUCUUGAAGCAGAGUAGGGUUUUUGUUUGUGCGAGCUUCACGUCGUGAUGUUCUGGUACGAUGCAGACGGGGGAGGGGGGGGGGGGGGUGUAUGAGGGUGUGCUGUGUAUACAGUGUACAGAUUAUCGCUUGCUUCUCUGCCUUUAGCAUAGAACACCACGAAAAAGACAAAAAAAAAAAGACAAAUUCAACACAGCCAUACGAUAACUCAAAAGAAUUAACAGAAGUGUGCUUUCUAUGUUGUCUGGAGUGAAAAGUGCUUCAUACAAGCUGCUAGGUGCAAACUGUUCUGGUGUGAUGUAAACAAGCAAUAACUGAUUACUUGAGAAUCUCUCGGUUUGUGUUUUUUUGUUUUGUUUUGUUUUGUAAUCUUUGUACAGUUUCCUGAAUAAAAAAGGACACAUUUUUGCUCCACGUUUGGACGCAGUAUUAAACACCAUUUUUUUAUUGCAGUUUGUACCAAGAAAGUCUACAUCCACACACAGCGUUCCUAUUAGAUUAUGCAGCAACGGGCCUCGGCCUGCAGAGGGACGGAGUCUGUGACACUCUGCCUCCCGCCACUCCUCUAACGCAGAGGUCAGAGGUCAGACUGCACGCUUCAUGAGGCCUGCUCUGACAGACACUUAGCCAUAUUUUAUGACCUCAGGCAGUUAGUUCAACUAUAAAGUGUUCAGUAAUGACUUGCUGUUCUUGUGCCCCAGUAGGGGUUUGGUUUGACCUCCACAAGAUCUAAAGCAAGUCAUCUUCUCUAACCUCAAAAGUACAUUUUCCUCAACAACAACAAAAAAAAACAUUUUAUAUCGACUAUUUUAAACCCAGGACAAACUUGGAGCAAGCCAAAUAAUCCUCACCUUUCAAUUGGAUUUCUGAAUUCUACCAGCUUUUAUUUUCAUAGUGAGGGACGACCUGUUGGUUAGCAUGCUUUGAGGCCCGCGGAAAAUAAAGUUAUCAUGAUGUCACUUAACGGGGUCCUAAUGUAGACGUGGCAGCGUGAGACAGGAAGUCAUUCUGAAUGUAUCGUCACUACGGGCGUAAGGAUGUGGCUGCUGGUGUUUGUCUCAACAUGUUGACGAGGUGUUCACUGACACCAUGCGCUCUUCAGCAUUCAAAGAGGAAGCUGCCAUUGUUGCUUCUUGUCGCUUCUUUUUGCUUCUUGUGUAAAUGAAAUUUGAAGCUGUAGCAGGUCAGCUCUGGGACACAUCUGCAUUAAUGUUUUGGUCGCCAUGUUGCAGACGUCCUGCAGUUGUCUUGCUGCAGGGUACGGGAGAUCACACCUUUUUGAUAAAUGCUGUUUUGAUUGUAUCAUACAGUCGUGCAGAACAAGCCUUUUUGAGCCAUUUUAAAGAAUGAUCACAGCCCUUUGCAAAUUUCCAAAGAUUGUCAAGAUUUUGAAAAAGAUUCAAAGCCAUGUGGUAGCAAUGCAUUUUUUUUAGCAUUUAUAAUGAGGACGGGUGCAAAUAAAUGAUUUUUGCCCCUUAAAAAUAUCCAGGCGUUGGACCCACUUAACGAAAAAAUAUUUUUUUCUCUUUAGCUUAUUGUUUGAAAGAACUUUAAAUGCCCUUUUGUAUUGUCUGCCAAUUUCUUAGAGCUAAGAUGCAACCUUGAAAUGCUAAGAACCCUAGCAUAAUGCCUUAGAUUUCGUCCGUUCUCGUUCUUGUACAUUACACCACUGUCUGUAUAAAUUUGUAUAAUGACUUGUGUACAAUAUUGAAUGAGUGCAUCAUCGCUCGAGUCUUGGCAGGAGACUCGGUCGCAGGUCAUUGCUCUCUGUUCUGUGUUCAAGACUUAUUUCAUUUCCCCCCCUCACUGUUUGUAUGGAAAAGAUGAUACAUAGGGAUAUUGAAGCAAUAUGUAAUAUACUAUAUGUACUUUCUGAAGAAAGCUUACUGUUGUGUUUUCCCCAGAUAUUUCUUUUUUCUGCAUUGUUCACAGGAAUCACACUGUAUACCUGCAUCCACCUUUGUACCCCUAGUGUGUGUGUGUGUGUGCGUGUGUGUGUGUGUGUGUGUGUGUGUGCGUGUGUGUGUGCGUGCGUGUGUGAGCGUUUUAUGCAAAAUUAGAUAUACAAGAGAAGUUAAAACCACAGUUAUGCAAGUUGUGAACUAAUAUGGCUUCGCUGAUGCUAUUUGCCUUGUAAAUAAAGAAUUCUGUUAUUGCAGUAUUUAA